AUGGGUAGUACUCUUUCGGAGGCUUAUAGGGAUAGUCCUCUCCAACUUCACCACAUCGUCCCCCUCGACUUCCGCUCCGUCCAAACGCUCCCUAACUCGCAUGUAUGGUCUCAAUCCGAUCGCGACUUGCCGUGUGGAGUCCCCAUCGGCGAGGAUUUGCAGAUCCCGGUCAUCGAUCUCUUGGACUCCAAUGUGGAGGAAUUGGUCGGCGAUGCAUGCCGAGCAUGGGGGAUAUUUCAAGUCACCAACCAUGGACUUCCCUCGGAUCUUCUGGAGGACGUGGAGUCCAAGGCUCGGCGUCUCUUUGCCCUCCCGGCUGGGCAGAAGAUAAAGGUCUUGCGCUCACCGGAUGGAUGCACAGGCUAUGGCAUGGCUCGGAUUUCGCCUUUCUUUCCCAAGUUCAUGUGGCAUGAAGGCUUCACCAUGAUGGGUUCUCCGGUUGAUCAUGCUAGGGUUCUUUGGCCACAUGACUACAAACGCUUUUGUGAGGUAAUGGAGGAGUACCAGAAGGCGAUGAAAACCCUAGCCCACAAGCUCCUCCUCAUAAUCCUCAAGUCCUUGGACGUGUAUGAAGAGGAGAAGCAAUGGUCAGCCAUGGUCCAAAACUCCGACGCCGGCGCCCUUCAACUCAACUCUUACCCUUCAUGUCCGGACCCGACCCGGGCGAUUGGCUUAGCCCCGCACACCGACACGCUGCUCCUCACCAUCCUCAACCAAACCCGCGACACAAAGGGCCUCCAAAUCUUCAGAGAAGGAGUUGGCUGGGCGCCCGUGUCUCCGGUGGCCGGAGCACUCACCGUCAACGUCGGCGACCUCCUCCACAUCUUCUCCAACGCGAAGUUCCCCACCGUCUACCACCGUGCCGCCGUGAACCAGACGUGCCACCGGCUCUCCGUGGCCUACUUCUACGGCCCCCAGGCCGAUUCCAUUGUUGCGCCAUUCUCCAAGCUUCAGUCGCCGCUCUACCGGUCGCUGACAGUGAAGGAGUAUGUUAGCCUCAAGGCCAAGCAUCUUGAGAGAGCGAUGUCUUUGAUUAGAAUCUGAGUUUGAUGUUCAGAGAUGGAUGAUUGAAUCGAAAUGCCGUGGAAGCAUCGGUCUUCACUGUUGCUGUACUAUGUAUCAGAAGACAAUUCAACGUUAAAGUUUA